UAAACAGUAAAGGUAAAAACAUGACAGGGAACGGCUACGGUCGAUAAACAGUCGGUCAGAGUUGACACCCAGUUUACCGAACUAACUUAUCAAAAAUCAGUGACGUGAGAGCUUUCUGGAUUAAUGCGUAUUAAUUUUAGAUCUGGGAUUGUUUUGUGUUUCACCUUGUUUCAGUUUGAGAGUUUGGAUCUAACAAGACUUUGACAGAACAGUCGCGAGGUUAACCGGAGGAUUCAGUGUUUAAAACUCUUCAUAGCGUCACAAAAGUUUUAUGGAGGGAUAUUACUAUUAAAUUAAGAGGAUCUUCUCAAUUGCUGCUGUCUUUUUGACACAGGAAUGGAAAACCAAGAUGAUGAAAUCGAUCAUGGUAUGCCAGACGGUGAUGGGGCGCAUCCAGAAAGAGGAACCCCGUCAACAAAAGGCAAGGGCAAGUUCACCAACCUGGGCAAUUUCUUCAAGCCCUGGAAGUGGAGGAAGAAGAAAAGCAGUGAUAAGUUCAAAGAAACUUCAGAAGUUCUGGAGAGGAAGCUGUCCGUGAGGAAGCCCAAGCAUGAGUUGAUAGAGCGAGGAUUACUGAAGGACAUCCCAGAGAAUGUCUUUGUUUCAGAGUCUAACAGUGUGACUCAUCCUAAAGGUACUUUAGUAAAGAAUGGCCAAAAACCUUCAUUGACUGGAGACCGCAGGACGGAUAAUCCAUCAGAUGUCAAAGGAUCAUCACGGCCACCAACAGAAAAUCAGAGAAAUAGCCUUGCACCUGAACCAGAGCGUCGCAGCAGAUUGCCCUCCGAUGUUAGUCGGAACAGGCAACCUUUGGAUGUGGAUGCUCGAACCCGGUUACCACCUGAUACGGACCGCCACAGCAGAUUGCCCUCAGACACGGAGAAGCAAGCAGGAUCGUUACCAAGAGAGCGACACGGACACGAUGACAGAAAAUAUCGAAAAGAUGAAAGAGAGGAGAAAGAAAGUAAGGACAGAGAUAGGAUGGACAGAAAAGAUGACAGGGAAGGCCACAGAGAGGACAAAGACAGACGAGAGAGAGAGAGGAGGGAUACAAGGCCAGAUAAGGAUGACUGUCACGAAAAAAGCGAGCGAGAUGAACGGGACAAAGAGAGAAGAAGUGACCUGGAGAAACGGGAAGAGAAAGACUGGAAAGAAAACAGGGACCGAAAACCAAUAAGAGACCGGAAAGAAGAUCAGAAAAAACUAGAUGAGUCAAAGAGAGAUGAUCGAGAAGAACGGGAAAGACGCAAUGAAAGAGAAAAAAAAGACAUCCGGAGACCAGAGCCUGUGAAACAGGUGUCUGAUGGAAAAUUAAUACGGCCUCAGUCAGAAAUGGACAUUCGACCUGGUCUUCAGAAAAGCUCAUCUGAAACUGGACUAAAGGUCCGACCAGUUUCUGAAUCCACGCAGAGCAGCACACUGCCAAGAUACACACCACUUGAGGACGAGCUGAGAGCACGAGCAGGAUCAGUGGGAGUUCGGUUUACUCCUGAGCCCAAACCUGGAAUUAUCUUGGCAAGAGAGUCACAGCCACACACUAAACAGGCCAUCCUCCCGCCUAAAUGGCUCAUGGCUGCUUCCUCCUCCAUUGAGCCUCCUCAAGGCCCAUCCUCAUCUUCCUCAUCUUCAUCUUCGUCAUCUUCAUCAUCAUCCUCGUCCUCUGCUCCACCUAUUGCAAAGCCACCUCCCCGGACUGUGUCUUUAAAUGUUGAUGAUUCUCGCAGCAUUAUAUCUACCCCAUUAACUCAAGGAGACCAUGACAUCCCGCCCACUGUGCCUGCCCACUCCACCCAUCCGCCCUCUACUGCCACUGCUGGUCCAAAACAGCCUCCUGUGCCCCCUCCGAAACCAUCUCAAGUGGAUCCCUCUCAAGCGACAGUCCAAGCCAAGCCAUCUCCUCCUAUCCCUCCAAAAAGAAUGACACCUGUAACCAAACGUCACUCAGAUGACUCCUCUUCCAGUCAGCCUCAGCCUUCGUCUACAGUCCCUGCCCCUGUUCCAGACCCCGCCCCACCUCCUGUCCAGUCAGACGACAGCAGAAAUGUAAGCUCUGGGGCGCUCUCUCCUCCACCAAACCAUAUCCCUCCAUUCCCUCCUCGUGCCCAGCUGCCCCCUGUAGUCCUCCACGUGGACCCGCCGAGUCCCACCACAGAGCCGCCCUCUCAGCCUCCUCUACCUCUGCACGUACGCAUCCAGAGGGCCUUAAACAGUCCAGGGCCGGUCCAGCCCAACACGGAUGGUACUAAGCGAGCUUACUCACUGCUGUUUGAGUCACCACCAGACUUCCUCACAGAAGCCCCAGGAGGAGUGAGAUACUCCCUCCCUGUUACAAUUGAACCUCUUAGACUGCCAGAGGAUGAUGACUUUGACAUGGAAGAAGAACUCCAGAAGCUGCAACCCGUUCCUUGUCCCACACGGAGGCUGGAGCUUGAGCCAGGAAGCCGACGGGGUCUGGUGGGAGAUCCUCGGGUCACUGUCAUUCCUGAGGGACCUGGAAACAGUGAGAACGAGGAAGACUCUGACUCAGAUGGACCCAUCAAUUAUAAAAGCGAUGAUGAUGAUGAGGAGGAUGAGGAUGUUCCAAGUGGUCUUGCAAGUCGCGUAAGGCGCAAGGAUACUCUGGCACUGAAGCUGGAGCGCCAGCAGGAGAAAGAGCAGUCACAAGAUCAGGAGAACGAAACCUGGAAGAGCAAAGAACAGUGGGAGGAAAUUCGCAGCAAGAUCGGCACCACACUAACAAGGAGGUUGAGUCAAAGACCCACUCCACAAGAACUUGAGCAACGAAACAUCCUGCUAGCCAAGAAUGAAGCAGACCGACGGGCCGAGAGAAGCGAGAUCAAACGCAGGCUUACCAGAAAGUUGUCACAAAGGCCCACAGUUGCUGAGCUUCAGGCCAGAAAGAUCCUACGCUUUCAUGAGUAUGUGGAAUGCACUCAUGCUCAGGACUAUGACCGGCGUGCAGACAAACCCUGGACCAAACUCACACCUGCCGACAAGGCGGCCAUAAGAAAAGAGUUGAAUGAGUUCAAGGCUUCAGAAAUGGAAGUUCAUGAGGAGAGCAAAAUAUACACCAGGUUUCAUCGGCCAUGAUGUCUGUCUCUAAGGAAGAACCCUGAACAAAUCGAAACUGCCCCCAGUUCCUCUAAAAGCCUCCAGCUCACUGUACCCCAUCCUGUUUCCUACUAAUGAGUGCUCAGGCCAGACACUCAGUGCUAUGGAGAAAGAAAGAUAGAAAGAAAGAAGUGAUUUAGGAGGGUGUCAGACACUGGUACUUCAUUUCAAACAUUAUUAAGGAGCAAGCUUUGAAUGCUAUCGCUCUGAAGUCUUGAUGAUUCCCAUGUGCCAGAUCACUUUGUUUUGUGGUGAGACGUAUGCUGGAGAAUGUUUUGGUCAACGUGGGACUGUGUAGGUUGGGGUGUUUUUUAAACUGGCUUUACGGUACACAAUUUUGGUGAGCUAGAAGAGACUUUUAUUACAAAAAAAAGUGACAAUAAUAUUUUAUGAAAAUAAUGACACUGAUGAUAUUUUGUGACGAUUAUAACACUGGUGAUAAACAGACUGUUUUAGUAGUGAGUGAUUUUGAGAAUGUAUGUCUUUAUUGAUUGGCCUUAACACUGAUACUACAUGAUUUUGUACCCAGAUUUAUACUGUAUAACACUGUUUCUCACGCUGGACACACACUGGGUGUAUUUAAAAGCAUCUUUGACAUUCUCAGGACAGCAGCACAUGGUACCACUUUAUCUCAUGUUCGUUUGAGUGGGCAUUAAUUAUGAUGCUUGAACUUUUUCAUAUAGAUGAACCAGUGUCUGUGAUGUCUUUGGUCUGUUUUUAUAUUUUUAGCAAUACGACACUUCACUUUGGAUAAUGUCAGGGUGAAUCUCACAAUAAACUAGGUCAUAUUUCACCCUAAAAUCGAAAAAGAAAUAAAAACUAAUUAGAUAUUGCACAAUAAAAAGCACAAGGGCCAUUAUGUAAAUAUUUAGCAUUAUGACAAUGAAGCACUUUUUCCUCAGACAUAACUGUAUUGCUGCAUUUGAGUAAUGACAGUCUAACAAGAAUCCACACUGACGCUUCCAUGCAGCUUCUGAAAAAAGUGAAAUGUCCAGAUGUAUUACAAUAAUAAAAUGUCAUCUGGAAAUGAGCUCCAUGGGUUUGAUUUUUUUAAGCAAAAAUAGUCCCUUUCUUUAGAUUUCUGGGUGAAGAUAAUUUUAUUUAAAGGUUUUGUGAGAUUCAUUCAGCUAUAGUUGAGGACAUUUGAUACUGUACAGUUUAAAACGGUCUUUGAUUUGUGGAGAGUCUUAGGUACAUUUUUGAGUUGUUAAAAAAGCUAAUUUCCACUGUUGGCUUUAUGGUACACUGGUGUUUUUUUUCACUGUAUAGAUAUAUGCUGCAGAUUGAUGGUAUAUUUUGUGGUAUUGUAUAUCUUGUCUAACCAGUGUCAGAAAUAUUUUAAGUUUUUAUUAAAUUUUGAUUAAAGUACACUAUCCUGUUUUUACAAAGAGCAAAGACAUGACUACAGAUGCAGUAAUUCGGUACAGAAAAUAAGAUAUUUUAUUCACUGCUGUAUAGUUUUUAUUUUGUUGUUUUUAAUGUAAAGAUAUAUAAAAGGUAUUUCAAGUAACGAACAAAUUGUUCACCUUUAAUUAAAACUUAAAACUAUCAUCAUUC